AUGCCACAAUGUGACACGUGCCAAAAAGUCCUCAUUUCCAAACAAGGCCUUAUAUCGCACACGAAAAGACACCUAAAACUCUACGACGUCAAAUGCGAGUUUUGCAACAAAGGCUUCUUUUGCAGAGGCAGCCUCAAGUUGCACAUAAACUCGCGCCACAGCGGCAAAUCGAAAUUCGUUUGCCACAUUUGCAAAAGGCCUUGCUACGAUAAAACCGCCCUAAAAAACCACAUAGAAAAGCACAGCAACGAUUACGUCAACAGAUCCAAAGUCAAGUGCGAAGAGUGCCACCAAGAGUUCCUAGACGAAAAAUACUUGAAAAUCCACAUGAAAAAAAAACACGUGAUGGAUAAUCGAUUUGUGUGUGACUUAUGCGGCAAAAGGCUGUAUUCGAAAAGUGGCCUCACCGAUCACAUGAAUAUACACAAAGGCCUCAAGCCGCACAAGUGCCAGUCGUGCGGCAUCGGCUUCGCAAAUUCAACAACCUUAAGGCUGCAUAAUCGCAGACACACUGGAGAAAAGCCUUACAAGUGCCACAUUUGUGUAAAGGCCUUUACACAAAGUCACAGCCUUAAGGUGCACCUAAGAAUACACACCGGCGAGAAGCCUUUUAAGUGUAGUAUUUGCGGCAAAGGGUUUGUUAGUACUAGUGUUUGUAAGAGUCAUAUGAAAUGUAAUCAUAAGGUGGAUUAG